AUGGGGGAGUAUCAGCGGGAGCCACUUCUGAGGAGCUGUGCUUUCUCAGUGGAGGGCACUGGGGGACAGUGCAGGAGGAAGAGGCUUCUACAGGUUCCACCAGCUGCCCCACUGGUCAGCGGCGUGAGUACCUCUUGCCCAGAGCAUCACCUCCAGCUCCUCUGUGUGCCCACUCACCUGCCCACUGGCAAUGACUCACCCGUGCCCCUCAAGGUUGCCCUUCUGACACUGGGUGUCCCAAGCCUUCUACAAACAGUGGCAUUCCCUCUGCGGCGGUACACAUCUGGUCACCGGCUGCAGUUUACUUACUUCCAGAGUGUUGCUUCCAGCUCUCCCAGUGACUGUAGAUCAGCUCUGAGCUGGGAAAACCAACAGAUUUCUUUUCCAUCCAGUGGACUUCAUCUACCUUCGCCAACCAGGAAAUAUCCCAAUUCUCACACAAGACAUGAGGACGGGUUAAAAACAAUUAAGACUUCACAUUAUGACCAUAAAAGAGAAUUAAAGGGAAACAUGAAUGUAAGAAGAGGGAAAUGGAAAACAUCCCACAAAAUUGGACAAGAACAAGUUCAAGAUCCAAGAAGCUCAAUGAACCUCGAGCAGAAGAAACAUGCACUGGUUGAGUUUUACCUCCAGGAGCCCUACCAGGUUCUCAUGGUGAAUGUUGGAGAAAAAUCCCUCAUGCUUCUGUACAGCAUGUCUGGCUUUCAACAAAAAAUUACAAGACAUAUGAAAGGCAAAAGACACAGUUUGAAGAGACAAAGCAACGUUAGAACCAGAUUCAGAUAUGGAAGGGAUGUUGGAAUUAGUAGACUGGAAAUUUAAAAUGACUGUGAUUAAUACGCUAAGGACUCUCAUGGAAAAAGGAGGCAACAUGCAACAGCAGGUGGGUAAUAUAAGCAGAGAUAUAGACAUUCUCAGUAAGAAUCAGAAAUAAAUGAUAGAAUUCAAAGACACUGUAACAGAAUGAACAGUCCCUUUCAUGGGCUCAUUAGUAGCCUGGCAGAGCUGAAGAAGAAAUCUCUGAGCUUAAGAAUGUAUGAAUAGAAACUUGUGAAACUAAAAAGCAAAGAUAAAAAUGACUGAAAAAAUAAAACAAUAUCCAAGAACUAUGGGAUGACUACGAAAGGAAAAGAAAGAGAGAAAGGAGCAAAAGCAAUAUUUGAAGUAAUAAUGAUUGAGAAUUUCUCCCGAAUUAAUGUCAGUCACCAAGCCACAGAUCCAAAGUUCACAGAACACCAAGCAGGAGAAAUGCAAAACAAAACAACUACCAGUGCCCCAAAAUCCACAUAUUCAAAAAAAACAAACAAAAAGGCUAUACUUAGGCAAAUCAUCUUCAAACGGCAGAAUUUAAAAGAUAAAGAAAAAAUCUUGGAAGAAAGCAGAGGGAAAAGAAACACCUUACUUAUAGAGAUGCAAAGAUAAGAAUUAUAUCCAACUUUCCUCAGAAAACAUAAGAGCAAGAAGAAAGUGGAGGGAAAUAUUUAAAGUGUUAAGAGAAGUAAAGCACCAACCUAGAUUUCUGUGUCCUAUGAAAAUAUCUGCAAAAAGGAGAAGUAAAGUCUCAGAGGGACAAAAAUUGACGGGAUUUGCUGCCAGUGGACCUGCCUUACAGGAAAUAUUAAAAUAAGUUCUUCAGAAAAGAACUUAUAGGUCAGAAACUUGAAUUUACAUAAAAAAGGAAGAACAUUAGAGAAGGGUAAAUAAAUGAAGGAAUUAGAGAAGCAAUAAAUAAUUAGAGAAGGAAUUCCAUUAGAAAAGGAAUAAAUAAAUAAAUGAAGGUAAAAAGCAGCCAGAGUAAAAAUACAGCUUACAUGUAUAGAAAUAAAAUAUGACAGCAGACUUCUUGAAAACACGUUCAAAUGAUAUCUUUAAAGUAAGGGAGAGAGCUGUCAACCUAGAAUUCUAAACCUAAUGAAAACAUCAUUAAAAGAUGAAGGUAAAAUAAAGAAUUUCAGACAAGUGAAAGCUAAGACACUUCAUUGCUACCCGAUCUGCUCUAGAAAGCACUGUUAAAGCUUUUCAGACGGAAGUGAAAUGGUUUCUGAUGGAAAUUUGAAAACCACACACACACACACACACACACACACACACACACACACACAAACAAAGAGCACUGAAAAUGGUAAAUAUGUGAGUAAAUGUAAAAAAAAUACUUUUUCUAAUUUUUACUGUCUUAUAAUUGUUUAAAACAAAAACAGCAGCAGUGGGCUGUGGGGCUUAUAAUAUAUGUAGGAGUAAAAUAUAUGGGAACAGAGGAUAGGACGAGAGGAAUGGAAGAUUCUGUUGUAAGAUUCUUUAAUCAUAUGCACAUUUGUAUAAUAUGUGAAGAUAGACUGUGAUAAAUUGGAGAUAUAUAUGGUAAACCUUAGAGCAAAUACUAAAAAAUACUUAAUCCAAAAGAAGCCAGGGGAAAAAAGGACAGAGAAACAGAGAACAAAUGUGACAAAUAGAAAAUAAACAGGAAUAUUGUAGAUAUAAACCCAGAUGUACUGAUAAUUGCAUUAAAUAUAAGUGGUCUAAGCAUUGAAAUUAAAAAAACAGAUUAUAAAGUAAAUAAGAACCAACUUGGUAACAGUUUACAAGAAACACACUUUCAAUAUAAAGACAGAGAUAGGUUAAAAGUAAAAGAAAAGAUAUCCCAUAGAAACACGAGUGAAGAGAAAGCUAGAGUGGAUAUAUUAAUAUAAGAUAAAGUGAGCUUCAGGACAUUAUGAUCAAGGUUUCAAAAUAUCAUCAAGAAGUAACAGUCUUGUAUGUAUAUGUACCUAAUCACAGACCUUUAAAAAAAAAGAAGCAAAAAUUGAUAGAACCAAAAAGAGAAAAAGACAAAUCCGCAGAUGAAAUUGAAGAUUUCAAUUAAUAGAGCUAGCAGAGAAAAAAAAAAUUCGGUAAAUGUAUAGGAGACUUGAAUAGUACUAUCAGCCAACUUGACCUAAUGGACAUGCAGAUGACGUGCCACCCAAAAUGAAGCAGAGAGGAAAGAAAAAGUUUCAAUGAUUUUAUGUGUAAAAAAUGAAAUUAUAAAAAUGUGAGAAGAAAUCAUAUGAGUUUUACUGUUUUUAAUUUUAGGAUAGAGAAAGCCUAAGUACAACAUGCAACUCGUGGAGCUUAAGACAAAGGAAUGAUAAUUAUAACUAUAGGAAAGUAAAAAUUUCUUCAUGGUGAAAACAUCAUAAGUAAAUUCAAACUGUAUAUAAACCAAGGAAAAUAUUUGCUACUCCAACCAUACAAGAAACUGAUAACCAUUAUAUAUAAAGUGCUUCUACAAAUAAGAAAAGGACCCUAACCCAAUAGAAAAACAAACAAAAGACAUAACUAGCUCCUAGAAACAGAAAUGUUCUUAAAUGUAUGAACGUGUACUCAGUCUCAUGCACAAUAUUAAUCGUCACUGUCAGCUGAUGAAGCUUGAAGUAUUUGCUGACAUGCGUGUGGGUGAGGGCAGGAUAAGCCCUGAUAAGGGUCAUCUCUGCCCAGCUCCUCAUAUAGUGAUUUCACGUUGAUAGCUUAAAAUCAGCCUUGACAAAAGUAUUAUUUAUAUCAUGGAAAUUGGCCUAAUCUACAAAUCAGGUUUUUUUCUUCCCUGAAAGUCAGUUGGUAAUCAUUUGCCAACACACCACCAGGUAAGAGUGUAGGGAAACAGGCUCUCUCAUACGACUGUUGUUUUGCAUAUAAAUUGCACAAUCUCUGCACAGCAUUUUAUUAAGGUCCAGCAAAGUUAUUAAUUGCACAUACCUUUUAAAGUGACAGUCCUACUUCCAACUACGUGGCCUAGUUAUUUUUGCACAUGUGAAAUUGUAUGUUGUUUUUUGGUUUUGUAUUAGCACAUAUGUCUGUCAAUAGAGGAUUGGUUUUUUAAAAUGUAGUGCAUUUUAUACAAUGCAGCUAUUAAAAUAGAUGAGAAAAUCCUUUAUGUCCUAACAUGGAAUGAGAUCCAUGCAAUGUUAACUGAAAUAAGCAAGAUUUUGAGAGAGAAAAGAGAAUGUGUUAACAUUUAUUUGCUACCAAAGU